AUGGGGGACCUGCAGGGCUCCCCAGCGUUGCUAGUGUCUGUUGGCGUUUCAGAGAGAGCUCAGACCUCAGAGGCUGGAGACCGAGGACCGGCGUUCCCCCCGCCGCACUUCGGGGAGCGUCCUGAAGGCGGCGCUCUCCGGUCGCUGGCGCGCCGGUGGAGUUGGGGCUGGGGUAGGGAGCGAGGGGCAGCCCGCAGCCUGGCUGCCCGCCGCACUCGCUGGGUGACGGAUGAGGGCUACGAGGAGUCAGGGCAGCAGCCUCCUGCUGUCCAGGAUUCAUUCCCAGACGAUGACCCCACCGCCGUCCCUGCCGACCCCCCUCCCCUGAUAGACAGCUGGAAAGAAAGGCCCUUCUAG